GUCUCUUUGUUUGCAACGAGUUAUUUAUCUUCUAUUCAGUGAUCCAUAGAAAUAGUUCGUGAAAACGAUAAUAUUUUGUAUAAGAAGGGCACAUUCCCUCCACUGUGGCUCAAGCUACUCAGUACAGUCAGACACCCCCUUUCAACCAAUAUACCAUUACCAAUCUUUAAGACUCAGCCAUGUAUGCUUCUGUGAUAUUCUAUACCCUUGCUGCCCUUAAUGGCAUCAUGGCAUCUCCAGUCCAAGAGGCUGAGGUCGAACCACGAGCCAUUGGGCCUCGUGCGCCAUCACUUGGAGAUAUUCCAUUUCCAGCGAUGCCUGUCCGCAACCACAACAGCAACGCAAUGGGACCAAGCGGAAGCGACUGUGGCACGAACACACAGACAAAUGCCUGUUCUGCAGGAAGCCCAUACUGCUGCAGCAGCGAUGGAAAUGGCGGUCACAUUUGCUCCAACACCACCGCCUGCCAACAGACUAUAAUUUGCUGUAACAAUAACAACGGUUUCCAAAUCUGCAUCGGCGAGCUUGAUUUCAACAUGCCAAUCACUAUCAAUGUCUAUGAGUGAGAAGGUCAAUAAGUCAAUAAAGUUGUAUAGAGGAUGGUGGGAGAUAGACCAAAAAAAAGAAAAGAAAAACACCUUAGUGUAUUCGUAUAAUAGGUAGCCAACCUAUAUUCAGAAUACAUGAAAAUAUACAACCUAGUUAAAAAAUAAAAGUGGACAGUAGUAUAUAUUUCAACCCUGAG